GGGGGAAGAGGGGAGGGAUGGAGGGAGGAGUGAGGGAGGGGAAGAAGGCCAGGAGGAAGCAGGAGUUGAUGCACGCUCACCGCACACCACCACACCCCACACCACCGCACCGCAGACAGGUGUGCCGCACACCACCAUGGUUUCAGACCCGGCACUCUCCUCGGCUGCUGCUCCUCCCCUGCCCCCCCGCAAGCUCAUCCCUGUGCGCAUCCGCUCUCCCCUGCCGGACCUGAGUGAGCGAUUGGCCUACCCUGUCCGGCCACUGCCGAGAACAGCGCAGCGGCAGCAGUACACACUGCGAGCCGGUGGCCGGUGCGCUCCAGGAAGCGAUGGAGAGAGGGAUGAAAGUGAGAAAGAGGAAGAAACGGCGAGGGAGAGGUUGAGGGCGAUGCAGCAGGGGCUGCUGUUGACGCUGAAGAGGUUUGUGAACAGGGGCGUGGAGGAGGGGAAGGUCAACCGUGCGGAUAUGUGGAGCAGUGCGCGGCAGGACCCGCAGGUGGUGCUGUGGAUGAAAGAGCGUGCAAGCGUGUGUGGGUUGGGGCACGUGCCGGGGUUGUUUGUGGGGAUGCGGUUCGCGUGGCGGGAGGAGAUGCAGGUGCUAGGGGUGAAUGGCAAGAUCACUGGCCUGGUGGACUGGAUCCUGGCGAAGAGCUGGGCUAUGGGGGGCAGUGGGGGGAUAGGAAGGGGAGGGGGAGGGGAAGAUGGAAGGAGAGUAGUGAAAAGGGGAGUGCGCGGGGGAGGAGGUAAGGCUGUGAAAGGAGGAGUGCCUGUGGCAACGUGCAUUGUGUAUAAGGUGGAGGGUGCUAGUGGUGAUGGUCUUUGUGGUGGUGGUGGUGGUGGUGGUGAUGAUGAGGUCUCUUGGGGCUUGCAGGGAUGGGGUAAGAGAUCAACAGGGCAGCAGCAACGAAAGCAGCAGCAGGAGCGGCAACUGAAGCAGCAGCAGCAGCAGCCGCAACGGAGCACGAGUAAGAAGAUCAAGACAAGGAAACGCAAGUCACGAGAGGAAGAUGAGGGCGGGGGGGACGCAAGCGAGGAGGCAGAGGAGGAUGAGACGGAUUCUGAGGACAUGGAACGGGAUAGUGAUGGAGAUAGUGGGAAUGGGGAGGGGAAUGAGGCUGCUGCUGCUGCGUAUGAUGCCAUGUGGUUCAAGUAUCCCGGGGCUGGCAGUGGCAGUGACAGGACACGUGAGAACCGGCUGAACCUCAAUGCAGUGGAGAAAGCAGAGAAGGCAGAUACAUUGAAGUGUAGCUUCAUGUAUGCGGGGCUGUACCAUGUGGGGCGAGUGGAGGCGGGCAAAGAUGACAAGGGUAAGCCGGAGAUCCGAUACCUGCUGCUGCGGCUGCCUGGUCAGGUAGGUGGUGCUGAUGGUGACGAGGAUGAGGAGGAGGAAGAGGAAGAGGAAGAGGAGGAGGUGGGAGGUGAAGAGCAGGGGGAUGGUGAAGGAGUGGAGGAUGAGGAUGAAAACACUGACAGUGGGAGUGAUGAUCAAAUCCAAAUGGUGCAGAGGGGAAAGAAGCGAGAAGCGACAGGUGGCGACAAUGCGAGCAGCAAUGUGGUGUGGGUGGCAGAGGACGAGCAGGUGGAAAAGGAGGAGGAUAGGUCGUGGAUGGUGGUGGGGUGCGAUGGGCGGGUGCACUGCGCUGUGAGCCGGCAGGUGGUGGCUAUGAUGCGGGAGAGCAAGGAGGGCAGCGAUCUGCUUGCCAUGGCCGGAGAUGAGUCAGGGGGAGGGGCGUUGGGAGAAGAUGGGAUGAUGGGUGACAUGCAUGGGCGGGGAGUGCAGGGAGAGAAUGGAGAAAAGAGCUAUGAGAGAGCAGAGGGAUCGGAGAAUAAGGAGUUAGACGGAGCAGAGGGCGACGAGGAAGUUAAGAAAACUGAUCAACUGGAAGAUGAUGGGGAGGAAGAAGGCAGCAGUGACUGCAAUGGGGAAAGCAGUGCGAGUGAGAGUGAGAGUGAGGAUGAGUUUAUGGGGACAACUAGGAGAGAAAACGGUGCAAAGGGUUUGGAACUAGUACCCAAGGACGACGCUGCAGGCUUGGGAGACGAUGCCGCUGCUGAUGCCGCUGCUGAUGCCGCUGCUGAUGCUGCUGCUGAUGCUGCUGAUGCUGCUGCUGCUGCUGCUGCUGAUGCCGCUGCUAAUGCUGAUGCUGCCAACUCUGGCGAUGCUGCUGCUGCCAUAUCCUUGCCAGGGCCGUCCAACGCUAGUAGCAUUGUUGUGUCGGGACUAGCUUUUCCUGAUGAGGAAGAGGAGGAGGAGGACGAGGAAGAGGAAGAGAAGGAAGAGGAGGACGAGAAAGAGGAGGAAGAGGAGGAGGAAGAGGAGGAAGAGGAGGAGGAAGAGGAGGGGGAAGAGGAGGAAGAGGAGGAGGAAGAGGAGGAAGAGGAAGAGGAAGAGAAGGAAGGUGGCUUAGCUCGUAAGGUACUCAACGUAGUCCGGAUUGGGCAGAGCAAGGAAAAGAAGCAGAGAAAGAAGGUGAGAAGUAAGGAGGAGGAGGGGGAAGAGGAGGAGGAGGAGAAAGAGGAGGAGGAGGAGGAGGAGGAGGAGGAGGAGGAGGAGGAGGAGGAGGAGGAGGAGGAGGAGGAGGAGGAGGAGGAGGAGGAGGAGGAGGAGGAGGAGGAGGAGGAGGAGGAGGAGGAGGAGGAGGAGAAGGAAAAGGAGGAAGAGGAGGAGGAAGAGAAGGAGGAGGAGGAGAAGGAGGAGGUUCAAGUUUGUACGGAAACAAGGCGCAGGAAGGAGGAGGAGGAGGAGGAGGAGGAGGAGGAGGAGGAGGAGGAGGAGGAGGAGGAGGAGGAGGAGGAGGAGGAGGAGGAGGAGGAGGAGGAGGAGGAGGAGGAGGAGGAGGAGGAGGGGAGGGCGGAGGAGGAAGAGGGGGAGGAUAAUGGGGAGGAGGACCAAGAGGAAGAGGCAGAGGUAGAGGCAGAGGAAGAGGCAGAGGCAGAGGCAGAGGCAGAGGCAGAGGCAGAGGCAGAGGUGGUUAAGUCACGUUCAAAGAGUAAGAAGGGUCGCAAGGAACAAGAAGGUAGCAGUGAAGAGGAGGAAAAUGUGCAGGGGAAGAAAAAGGAGCAGAGAAAUAAGGUGCGGAGAAAGGAGGGGGAGGAAGAGGAAGAGGAGGAGGAAGAGGAGGAAAAGCAGGAAGAGGAAGAAACUGGGAAUCAGAAGAUCAGGAAUGAUGAGGUGCGGCGGAGUGACGAGGGGUUGGAGGAGGCACGGUCCAAGAAAAAGGAGGCGAAGAGGAAGAGGAGAGGAAAGGACAGAAAGAAGGGGGUGGUACGGGCAGGAGAGGGGGUUGUUGAGCGUGGGGAGGAGAAUGCUGUAGGAGGAAAGGGACAUGUGGAGGUGGUGGUUGGGAAGAAAGAUAAGAAGGGCUUGAGUGCGGAAGGAGUGUCUGGUGAUGCUGCUGUGAAGCAGAUUAGAGGGGGAGAGGGACCGGUGGAGGGGGAAAAGAGAAGGAAGAGAAGGAAGAGAAGGAAGGGGAAAGAGCGAAUGGAUGAGGGUGCAGAUAAUGAGGGAGUUGUUAGGGUUGGUGGUAGCAGUGACCUGCAGGAUGGCGCGAUGGUGAGAGAUGCGGGUACAGGGAAGGAAAGAAGAGGGCAAGUGUUGGGGGAGUGUGAUGGGAGAAGAGAAGGCAGUGGUGGUGGAGGAGAGGAGCGGAUGGAUGUUGAAAGGGAGGGGCUUCAGGAGGGAGAGGGCGAGGCGAUGAAAGCAAAGGUGUCAAGGAGACAGGAGCGGAGAAGAAGGAGAAGGGAAAGGAAGGGAGGAGUGACAGGAGAGCAGGCGGGUAUCUUGGGUAGUGGUUGUGCAAAGGGUGAAGGGGAGAAGGCAAAAAGGGUGAAGGUUGGGAAAGUGGAUGUGAAUGUAGAAGAAGGGAUGACGGAAAGCAGGAGCGGAGGGCGAUGCACAGAAGGGCAAGAGGGGAAGAAAGGCGGAGAGGGGAUGGGAAUGAAGGCGCCUAUUGAUCGUGGAGUAAAUGAUAGCGAGGGGGGUGGAGGGGAGAAUGAGGAGGGAAGGGGGUUGCAGGUGAGCAGAGGGGAAAGUGGAAGACGGGAGGGUGGUGAUAGGGUAGACUGGGAUGAGAGGACUGAGCCCGUUAGAAGCAGAGGAGAUGCUAAUGCAGAGCGAAUGGGGGUGCCGCAACAGCUUCCAUUCCAAUCGUUUCAUCACACUGCCACUCUUCCUCCCCACACCACCCCUCACCAUGGGCAUGCGUCACUUGCCGCGGGGCACAUGAGCCGCUUGGGUCCAUGUGAGAGUUUCUCUGGUAUGGCUCCUGGUAUGGCUCUUGGGAUCCCUGUUCAAGCUGCCAUGGCUGCUGCUGUCAACAGUCAUCCCGGUGCUGAGAGGUUUCUUGUGCCUUCGCCUGUCGGCCAGGAGUUCCCACCUGUUCCAUCUCAUAUGCACGCUGAUUAUCCUGGACCAGGAGAAUUUUCUGCUCAUGGGCGGCAGUCACUGGGUGCAAGGGACAGAGGACGCAACAACCUACAACACAACUUGCCGCCUCCUCACUAUGACCCAAUGGCCAUACGUGGGGGAGCCGCGGCAGCCGUUUCGCCGUUGGCGAAGUACAAGCUAGUGUUCCUUGGAGAUCAGUCCGUUGGGAAAACAAGCAUCAUUACACGUUUUAUGUACGACAAGUUCGAUAACACGUAUCAGGCCACUAUUGGAAUCGACUUCUUGUCCAAGACGAUGUACCUUGAAGACCGGACGGUGCGGUUGCAGCUAUGGGAUACAGCGGGGCAAGAAAGGUUUCGCAGUCUAAUUCCCAGCUACAUUCGCGAUUCUUCUGUCGCUGUUGUCGUCUAUGAUGUGACAAAUCGCGCUUCAUUCCUGAACACAGCUCGGUGGGUGGAAGAGGUUCGCACAGAGCGGGGUAGUGACGUCAUUAUCAUGCUGGUUGGGAAUAAGACAGAUCUUGUUGAUAAGAGACAAGUGUCUAUUGAGGAGGGAGAAGCCAAGGCGCGUGAUUUGAAUGUCAUGUUCAUUGAGACCAGUGCAAAGGCGGGCUUUAACAUCAAGGCUCUGUUUCGUAAGAUUGCAGCUGCUUUGCCAGGCAUGGAGGCACUGUCAGCCACAAAGCAGCAGGAGGACUUGGUGGAUGUCAAGCUCACGUCAGCCUCGAAGCGGGAACGCAUCAUGUUGUCGGAGCAGGAGGCAGCGGUGUAUGACCGGCAGAUCCGGAUGUGGGGAGUGGAGGCCCAACAAAGGAUCGGCUCUGCUCGGCUGCUGGUGAUCGGCAUGUCUGCUGUCAUGGCAGAGACGUGCAAGAACUUGGUUCUGGCCGGCGUGGGCUCACUCACUCUCCUGGACCCUGGUCUGCCCCCCACACAAGCCGAAAUGGACGGUAACUUCCUCCUCCGCUUCUCCUCAGCUUCUCCCCCAGCAGCAGCAGCUGUGGCAGCAGGAGAAGAAGCGUCAGCGGCAGGAUCAGGGGCAAUAGCAGGGGGAGGAGGAGAAGGAGGCGAUGCGGAGGGGACAGAGAGGGAUGGGAUGUCAGUGGCGCAGGCAUGUGCAAAAGCUCUGCAGGAGUUCAACCCGUUUGUGACGGUUAAAACAGUUCCUGGGAGUUUGGAGGCCAUGGCAGCAUCAUCCCUGCCAUCGCUAGGCCUACCCAUGGAUGACAUAGACGCGGUCCUCCUCACAUCAUGCAACCAGCAUAUGCAGGAGCGCAUCGACGCAGCGUGCAGAGCAAGGCAGCCGGCGCCAGCGGCCCUGUUCUACAUGGCAGUGCGGGGCCCGUGUGGCCGCAUCAUCGCCGACCUCUCUGAACACGACUGCAUGUACCAGAAGCAGGAUGAGCACGUUGCACUGCACAUCUCAUAUCCAUCACUCAAGGAGGUGGUUUCAACUCCGUGGACGAAGCUUCCCAAGCACACCCCACCAUCUCACUUCGCGUUUCAAGCCAUGGAGGACUAUGACGCGCGGGAGAAGCGCGCAGCAGGCCAGGCAUACGACGAGGCGAGUGUGGAGGGGGUGCUGGCGCUCGCACACGACAAGGGCCAAGGCUCACCCGCGUGCCAUCGCCUGCAUGAGCCCCAUGUGAAGCGCCUGAUCCGCCUCAUGGCCGCUGCAGGGGCCUCGGAGGUCCCUGCUGUUGCCGCCAUUGUGGGGGGCAUCGCUGCUCAGGAGGUGGUGAGGGCGAUAUCGCGCAAGGGGCAGCCCAUGAACAACCUCUUCCACUUUGACUCGCUCUCUCUCAAUGGCGUCCUCUCCCAAGUGCCUCCUCUCAUUGCCUCGCUCGCUGCUGAUGCUGCCCCUCCUGCUGCUGCUUCCGCUGCCAUUGCUGUGGAUGAAGUCAUGUGA